GCAACUACCGUUUUCAGUAAGACAGAGCUAGUGAAAUAAAGUAAAAUGUCCGACGUCGGUCUGGUUUCAUCAGCCAUGGUUGUAAAUUAGAAUAUAGAGGAUCUAUUGAAUCCAGUCCUGGAAGUAAGUAACAGAGAAAUAUGUCAAUGGAGUUGGUCAUGACUGUUGAUGAGCUCACGUGUUGCUGCUAUGGAAAGUUCCUCGCUGAUAAAACUACUCAUUCUGCUGUUGAUGACCUUCAUCAUGUGUCUCCCGGAGCUUUUCCCCCAAUACCAAGAUCAGGGGAGAAUAGAUCUUACCUGCAUGGGAUUCCAACCCUGUCUGAAGCAGAGGCACCGUGACCUGGUGUGCCCUCCCAACACAGAGGACACAGGGCACAGGAAUGAGUGCCUGGGAUGUACCAACAGCAGCAUCAUGGGGGGGUCACCCGGCAUCACCUCCGGAAGCACAAAUGGGUCAGACAGUCCAGGGACGGGCUGGUUCAGGUGUGAGACAACUGCAGACCUGGGAGCCCUGAAAUGGACAGGAGCUGAUCUAGAAUUGUCUGUACUUCAGUCCGGGGAGCACAAGCUGCACAAUGCCACACUCGUAGGCUGUGUAGACAGCUGUGGAAUCCGGCAUCCCCUGAUCUGCUGCGUGGAGGAGCCUGCCUCAAGCUUGAACCACAGUCAAUGCAUCCUGUGUGCCAGGGGCUUUGAGAAUGCAUCCAUUAAUGUCACACUACUGUGGACUUACACACAGCACGGCUUCUUCUGGUCGUGCUCCUACCGGCUGCUGUGGCUCGCCACGGUGAUGACUGUCAUCCUGCUGGUCAUCAGCACUACCAUCAGGCACAUCCUGAAGAACCGAUUCUGUAAAAGGAGGCCUGCAGUUCUCCCAAUUACUGCGUACCAGCUAUCUCCGGCACUAUCGGGACCUGCUGCCUGUCCGGAUGGAAAGCUAAGCCAGAAUACAGCUUGUAAGCAGCUAGCACAAAUUAGCCCCCUGACCAGAGCCAGCAGUCCAGCAGUCCUCUCUACGAUUUGCGAAGCUGAGGAGACAGAGAGUUUGUGGGCGGAAGGGUAACCCUACAGGGAUGUUAUGGACAAGGAGCUAAAUCUGCAUGGGGUUCAUUGUAAAUUGUGAAUAAAUAAACCAACACACUGAAGACAGUUA